AUGUCACCAGUCGUCAAGUGCUGGAGCGACCUACACACGGUCUGCGAGUCCUCCGGCAAGGAUCACUCGGACAUCUACACGACAUUCACUGUCAUUGACGAUGAUGACGUGGUAUAUGCUGGACGGCUGGAUAUACCCAAACAAGACAUCACCUUGGACCAAGUAACGGCAGCUCUUACUCUGGUGCCAGACGACCAUGUGUUUCCAAGGCUAUCAAGCUCAAGAGAAUGCUUCACUGUCGUACCCAAUGAUGUGAGCAAAAGGAGCGACGUCUUCAUCAAACGGCCGCCUCUAGACCUGUACGAGACUUGCAAAGGCGAGGGAACUCUGCCAGUUCUACCUGCCGCGGUUCUGGAAGAAGCCCACGCGCUCCAGGUCAUCUCCAGGAAGCCCCAUCCUGGCCUCGUAAACUUUUACGGCUGCCGCGUUCAGCGGGGCCGCAUUACCGGCCUAGUUCUCGAGAAGCACCCCAACGAUCUAAAUCGGCAUCUAGAGAGAGUAGGGCUGGUGGAUAAAACAGCCUUCAUGACGGCUCUACGGUCGGCAGUCCGCCACCUUCACAGGAUCGGAAUGGCGCACAACGAUAUCAACCCGGCCAACAUCCUCGUCAACUCUCAAGGACUUCCCAUCCUGGCUGACUUUGGCUCCUGUCGCGAGAUCGGACACAAGCUGACAGCCAGUCGCGGCACACUGGGAUGGAUGGACGAUGGGGAUGACUACUCUACAUCAGAAAUGAACCACGAUAUUAUCAUUGAUCACUGCGUCGAGAGGUUCUUUGCGAGGCUGUAUCCCACCAUCCCCAUCCUCACCCGCGACCAUGUCCUCAGCCUCAAGGGCUCAUCGUUGGUCGAGGCUCACGCUGUACUAGCCGCCAUGUGCGCGCAGGUGCUCCUCCAGGCCGAAGAGCCAGAGAAUCUCCUUUCUGAAGGCGUCAUCCGUGAGAGUAAUGCCAUUUACGGGAACAUGAUCCUGGAGAGCGCUGUGGCGACGCAUCAGUCCAUCUCCCGUAAUGUCAAGCCCAGCCUCAAUCAGUGCCUCCUCGCCUUUUUCCUGUACGCAUGCCAUGCGAGGCUGUCACAUCACAGCCAGGCAUUCCUAUUCCUCCGCGAGGCAACAACUCUGUUUUGUCUACUGAGACUCGACGACAUGGACGUCUCCACGAGAGCCCUGGCUGGUCGCCUCUUCUGGGUUCUCCUUGUAUCAGAAAGAUCACACGCAAUCCGUUACCGUCGCCCUAUCACGCUACAAAUCACAAGCGAAACACCAGAGCUAGAGAUGGGUGACCCUUCACUGGUCGGCUUCUGGAGUCUGGCAGCUCUCUUUCGACCCAUCGACACUUCGUUCGUCGCGCUGCUCAACCAAGAGAUUGCCGCAACGCCGCCGCUUCAUGCGUCACUUGACUAUGUCGAGACAUCGGUCAACACGGCCCUGAAGGCUGAUAUACACCUACACGACACUCAAAAAGCAAAUCUGCGGAUAACACAACUUUGGCUUCGCGUUAUCAUCUGGAAGCUACGUCUGCGCCUGGGGCAUCUCAGCGAAAGUGCGACCCAGCACAGUCUCACGUUUCAGUAUCCCCUCGAGGUAGCAAAGGACCUAACCUUGUCGACACGGGACCUGCCACUUGAGAGCAUCAAAGUACACGGGGUCGGAUUGACUGAAAAGCUUUACGAUGUGGUCUCGGCAGUGGUGGAUGUUUUGGCCCGUGUUCCUGUUAACCCAUCAAGCCCUCAGGGUCUGGCAAUGGGUACAUCGCCGCAAGAUGACUUGGCAUAUAUUCGAGGCCUCAUGGCUCAACUACCAGGUGGUACAAGCAUUUACGAACCGCUGCUUGUCAAUCACAUUCAGCAAGCCCUUCCAAGUCCAGGGCCGAGCAUUACACUAAGCAGCCCGACGGGGUAA